AGGUUAAACUGGUCACAUGACUCCCCUCUAUCCAAUGCCUGUUCAGUAAAUAAUGCCCCCUCCAUACGAAUGCAUGAAUGCAACACCCUCCAUACGAAUUCCCUCAGUCUGUGGGGAAGACUCAGUAAGAGCAAAAACAAGUCACAGACAGAAACAAACAGGCAGACAGACAGAGAGACAGACAUUGUGGCAAAAAGAAAAGGACAUAUAGUUAUUGUGAUACAGAAACAGAGAGAAGGGAGAGAGAUAUUGAGAAAGAGAGAGAGAGAGAGAGAGAGAGAGAGAGAGAGAGAGAGAGAGAGAAAUAACAGCAGACAGAGGACACAGGGAGUAACCAGAACGUGAAGCUAGUACAAACAGAUAGAGGAAAGGUGUGUGUGUCAUGUUUGACUCCAGCAUGCUGCUGCUGGCUGGUCUGGUGAUGGUCCUGCUGCUGCUGGCCUGGAGGAGGAGGGGGACACGGGGGCUUCCACUGCCCCCAGGCCCCACUGGACUACCCCUGCUGGGAAACCUGCCCCAAGUGGACAAGAGAGCACCCUUCAAGACCUUCAUGAAGUGGAGUAAGCAGUAUGGGCCGGUCAUGACUGUGAACCUUGGGCCUGUGCGGAUAGUGACCCUCAGUGGGUACCAGACAGUGAAGGAGGCCCUAGUGGACCAGGCUGAUGACUUCACAGGAAGGGCACCACUUCCGUUCUUGAACCGGGUCGUCAAGGGAUACGGCCUGGCAAUCAGUAAUGGUGAGCGCUGGCGUCAGCUGAGACGCUUCACACUGAGCACACUCAGGGACUUUGGGAUGGGCCGCAAGAAGAUGGAGCAGUGGAUUCAGGAGGAGAGCAGACACCUGCUGGAGAGCCUGAGAGAAACCAAGUCGGCCCCUUUUGACCCCACGUUCUUCCUGAGUCGUGCCGUGUCUAACGUGAUUUGUGCUCUGGUGUUUGGACAACGCUUCAGCUACGAUGACACUAACUUUCUGCGUCUGCUGGAGAUUAUCUCAGAUGUGUUUCGCUUCGGAAGCACACCAUGGGGACAGCUGUACAACAUCUUCCCCCGUCUGAUGACUUACGCACCCGGCCCCCACCAAAAAUUCUUCCAACGCAUUGACAAACUUAGGGAGUUUGUAAUAGGGAAGAUCCACCAGCACAAGGAGACUCUGGACCCAGACAACCCUCGAGACUUCAUCGACUGUUUCCUCAUCAGAAUUGAGCAGGAGAGAGACCUUCCCACCACAGAGUUCUUCUAUGAUAAUCUAGUCUCCACUGUCCUGAACCUUUUCUUUGCUGGCACAGAGACCACCAGCACAACCAUGAGAUAUGCUAUCAUGCUUCUAAUCAAACAUCCAAAGAUACAGGAGCACAUGCAUAAUGAGAUUGAGACAGUGAUUGGCGCACAUCGCAUUCCACAAAUGGAAGACAGGAAGUCCCUUCCCUACACUGAUGCUGUCAUUCAUGAGGCCCAGCGCUACCUGGACAUCGUGCCCCUCAAUCUCCCCCACUAUGCCACUAAGGACAUCUCUUUCAGAGGCUAUACCAUCCCCAAGGACACCGUGAUCAUUCCCAUGCUGCACUCUGUGCUCCGGGAUGAGGACCAAUGGGAGAACGCCUGGACCUUCAACCCUGACCACUUCCUGGACAAAAAUGGCAACUUCAAGAAGAACCCUGCCUUUUUCGCCUUCUCGGCAGGUAAGCGGGCGUGUGUGGGUGAGUCAUUGGCGAGGAUGGAGCUUCUGCUCUUCAUGGUGUCCAUAGUGCAGCAGUUCCACCUCAGCACCUCUGGAGGACCAUCCAGUAUUGACAUAAAGCCCGAGUUCAGCAGCUUUGGGAACAUACCCCGCCGAUAUGAGCUCAUCGCCACCCCCCGCUGGUUGGGUGUGCAAAGUUUUGGAGAUGCUGCCAGGCUGUUGUCAGGGUUUCUUGUUUCUGUGCUGAAAUCUGGACUGAGGGCUUUGCAGGCUGACAGCCUGCUGACGGUACAGACUUACCUCUGUCCUACUGCUGCAGGUGUGGUGACAGAUUUAAAGAUGCGCAUUGUGCCAGAGGUUACGGUACUGACUUACCUCUGUCCUACUGCUGGAGGUGUGGUGACAGAUUUAAAGAUGCGCAUUGUGCCAGAGGUUACGAGGAGGUGUGUGUGCGUCAUGUUUGAGUCCAGCAUGCUGCUGCUGGCUGGUCUGGCGAUGGUCCUGCUGCUGCUGGCCUGGAGGAGGAGGGGGACACGGGGGCUUCCACUGCCCCCAGGCCCCGCUGGACUACCCCUGCUGGGAAACCUGCCCCAAGUGGACAAGAGUGCACCCUAUAAGACCUUUAUGAAGUGGAGUAAAGAGUAUGGGCCAGUCAUCACUGUGCAUCUUGGACCCAAGCGCUUUGUGAUUCUGAGUGGGUACCAAAUCGUAAAGGAGGCUCUGGUGGACCAGGCAGAUGACUUUGCAGGAAGGGCACCGGUGCCUUUUAGCAUCCGGAUUCUGAAGGGAUACGCGGUCCCAUUUGACCCCACUUUCCUCUUGGCCAGUGCCGUGUCCAAUGUGAUCUGUGCUCUGGUGUUCGGACAGCGCUUCAGCUACGAUGACGUCAACUUCCUGCGUCUGCUGCAGAUUAUUAAUAACGUAGUUCGCAAUGGGAGCAGCCCCUGGGGACCGCUGUACAACAUCUUCCCCAAGCUGAUGGAUCACCUCCCCGGCCCCCAUCAAACUGUGUUCAAACAGAUGGAGGAAACAAAAGCCUUUAUUAAAGAAAAGAUCCAUCAGCACAAGGAAACUCUGGACCCAGACAACCCUCGAGACUUCAUCGACUGUUUCCUCAUCAGACUCGAGAAGGAGAAAGACAUCGCAACAACAGAGUUCCACUAUGAUAACCUGGUAGCAACGGUUAUGAACCUUUUCUUGGCUGGGACUGAGACCACCAGCACAACCAUCAGAUAUGCCCUUAUGAUACUCAUAAAGCACCCGGACACUCAAGAACGUUUGCAUAAGGAGAUUGAUUCGCUGCUUGGCCAACACGGUGUCCCGCAAAUGGAGGACAGGAAGUCCCUCCCCUUCACUGAUGCUGUCAUCCAUGAAGUUCAGCGCUAUAUGGACCUUGUACCUCUCAAUGUUCCCCACUAUGCCACCAAGGACAUCUCAUUCAAGGGCUACACCAUUCCUAAGGACACCGUGAUCAUCCCCAUGCUGCACUCUGUGCUCCGGGACGAGGACCAAUGGGAGAAACCCUGGAACUUUAACCCUGACCACUUCCUGGACAAGAACGGCAACUUCAAGAAGAACCCAGCAUUCCUUCCCUUCUCUGCAGGUAAACGGGUGUGUGCAGGUGAGUCAUUGGCGAGGAUGGAGCUUCUGCUCUUCCUGGUGUCCAUAGUGCAGCAGUUCCACCUCAGCACCCCUGGAGGACCAUCCAGCAUUGACAUAAAGCCAGAGCACAGCAGCUUCACCAAUGUGCCCCACCAAUACCAGCUCAUUUUCACCCCCCGUUGACCAAUAGUGGUACUACAGCCCAGAACCAAAAAGCCUCCACCAACCUCUUCAUCUCUUUAACGCCUUGCAGACUGUUCUAUAUUUACUGGUGAAUGAAGAGUAAGGACUCCUUUAGUAUUGGUUCAAGGCCAGGUAUAAAUUCUAAAUUAUAUGUUAAUUUAAAAUGUUUAAAUGGAUGUAUUUUUUAAUUUACAUUUUAAGAAUCCACAUUACAGUUUUUCUCAAUCACUUUAAUGCUUGUGUCAACUCUGACAUCACAUUUUCAAAACAAUUAACACGCAGGUCUAAGCAAAAGCACUCUGGCCAAAAUUACACAUUUUGAUUGCAAAAAGCUCUUACUCUCUCAAAACAUUUAAAACAUGCAGCAAAAGCAAAUUUUGCCUUCAAACAACACAUCUUUUCCACACC